AUGGCGACUUCUCUCUCCUUCAUGUCUACAGACCAAAACUCUUCUCUCUCCUUCAUGUCGACAGACCAAAACUCCCUCAGAAACACUUACCUCGUCAACGGCGAGAUCCGGACAGAACCGCCAAGGAAGAGCCGUGGUCGGAAACCUGGGUCAAAGACUGGUCAGCAAAACCAGAAGAAACCGACUCUGAGAGGAAUGGGUGUGGCUAAGCUCGAGAGGUUCAUAGCUGAAGAAGAGAAGAAGAAAACGGUCGUCGUCACCGCAGGAGGAGGAGAGGGAGACACGUCAGCAGCGAGCCCUAACAGCGCUACUCGUUUCCCCGACCGUGGUGUUGUCCUGCAAGGCUUUCCAAGCUACGGUGGUGGACCUACAAACACGUCUCUCGGAGGGUAUACUCGAAGUAGGUUCCUUUGCGGUGGAGCUGGGUCGGGUCAGAUCGUGAUCGACCCGGUUUGUUCUCCAUGGGGUUUUGUUGAGACAUCUACUCAUGAGCUCUCUUCAAUCCCAAACCCUCAAAUGUAUAACGCCUCGAAUAAUCACUGUGACACUUGUUUCAAGAAGAAACGUUUGGAGGGAGAUCAAAAUGUGGUAAGAUCCAACGGUGGUGGGUUUUCGAAAUACACAAUGAUGAUUCCUCAUCCUCCUCCAAUGAACGGCUACGAUGAGCUUCUUCCACCAGAUCAGAGGAGCCAAGGCUUCUUUUAUGAUCAGAGAAUCGCCAGAUCAGCUCCAGUUUCUGCUUCCAUGAAUCCGUACUUCAACGAGACGACAAAUCUCACGGGAUCAAUGGAGGAGUUUGGUAGCAUAAACCCUAGGAACGGGACAAGAGGUGUGAAGGAAUUCGAGUUUUUCCCGAGGAAAUACGAUGAUUUCCAAGGAAAAUCAUUCCCAGUGGCUACAUCAGUAGGUGAUUGCAGUCCUAAAAUCGAUUUGUCCUUGAAGCUUUAA